AUGGCGGUGAAACUCGGCCCUGGAUGGUGUGGCAGUAUAGUAAAUGCUACUAUACCCUUUUGUUCCAUUACGACCCCAGGAGGUAUUGGUUAUGUUAAAGGAGCUUGUAUAUCAUCUAGAAAAUAUGCCAAAUCAACUUAUGAUGUGGCAGUUAGUGAGAUUGGUAAAAGUUUUAAGGGAGUUUUAGUCAGUGCACAUGAAGUCGGACAUCUAAUUGGAGCUUAUCAUGAUGGAGUAGACGAAGCUGCAGAUUGCCCAAAAAACUCGGGUUUUAUUAUGAGUUAUACAAGGCAUAAUGCCUCCAUGUUUUCAAGAUUUUCGGAAUGCUCAAAACGAAGUAUACGCCACUUUCUAUCGAAGAUAUGGUAUUCCAAAUGUUUACGAGAGACUUCAGAUGCAGGUUAUACCUAUCCUGAAUUGUUGCCAGGACAAUAUAUGCCUAUAUCGGACCAGUGUCGUGAAUAUUCCAAUGGCUUUCCUUGUCCAUCACAGUCUGCAGAAGAAAGAUGCCAAAAAUUAUGCUGUGAAAAUAAUGUUUAUAGAAUAUUUCGCCGAGAACCAGCUGUAGAUGGGACUAAGUGUGGUCUGGGAAUGAUGUGCAUGAAUGGGGCGUGUAUACCAUCCUCUAAACUGAAAGUUUUACCUUGGAUUUAAAAUUAGAUAAAACAGCAUCGAUAGACUUAUAUUAUUAACAGUCUAAAUAUUAUUUGAACGCAAUUUUAUUUUUAUUUAUCAAAGACACAUAUUAGUUAUUAAAGAAAUCGUUGCUAUUUGGAGUUUUAUUUUGGUCAAAGGAUAUUAAAACACAGAGCAACAUCUUCAGUUUAGACUGAAAUAAUAAUCAACAUUUGUUGAAUUUAAAAUGAAAUAUUCAGCCCUUCCAUUUGUAAUCGCUUAAAUUGUCCAUGGUUUUACUCAUUUUCUCAGCCUUAAACUGUAUUUUAAUUAGAUGAAUUGAAUAAUUCAAGCGAAAACCUUCGUAAUUCAAUCAGUGACAUGAUUAUCGAUGAAAGAAAGAAAUCGUGUCUACAUCAUGCCCGGACUUGAAUCGACAACCCACACACCGUAUAAUAGGUCAUAUUGAAUCCUUUAUUUCUAUUUUAUCAUAAGAGAGGUUGUAAACAUAGAGAUAAAUAUUUAUUUAGUAGAUCUAUUUAAACACAUGCCAAUAUUUCAUAAUGACUAGAAACUUUCCUUAUUUGCCUAAAACUUUUAAGUAAUAGUGUACAUCAAAAGAAUAAAAAUAAUGCAGAAACUUCUCAUUGCAAAGAGUCUUAUUUCGACAACAAUGAAAUCAAAUUGACGAUCAAAAUGUUAAGAGCAAGGUAAAUUAGAAAUAGUGACUUUCUUGUAUUAUUAGAAAACUUCUCACUGGGCUACGCCCUGCAACAUAUGCAGGAUUCACACUGUCCCGAAAUCGACACCAGAUGGCCACAGGCCAUUUAAACAGUCGAAGCAAUACGAUGCGUACAGAAAGUCCCAAGAUGCCGCCAUAACUAUGCACUAAUAUGGCUACACAAUUUCGUAUUGAAAGUACGAUGCGUUGUUUGUCCUUCCGAUGCUAAAAACUUAUGACCAAGAGUGAAAUAUUUAAUUGCUGUUCGGAGAUUUUUGGAAGAAGAACCACGGUACAUUUCAAAUUUAUUUCGAAUUCAACUGUCUUCUCCAACACCGUGGUCCCAUCCCGAUUUUAUAGAUCUACAAUUUGAUGGAUAAACGGCAUUGUGAGGGCAUAGAACAGCCUUAAGUUUCUUCGUGGAGCCGUCGUAAAGGUACCAUCAUACGGUGGCUCACAUACGACAUAUUUCACUUUUAAUUUUGAAUUAAAAACAUAAAUUUUCACCUAGAUGAUAAUUCCUGUAAUUUUGAAUUAAAAACUUUAAUUUUCGUGAUAAUUCGAGUAAUUUUUCUUUAAAAACUUAAUUUUCACCUAGGUGAUAAUUUAACGAAUCUUGUAAAGAACGGCGAAAAAAAGUUUUUAAUUAAAAAUUCUUGAAUUAUCACCUUGGUGAAAAUUAAAGUUUUUAAUUAAAAAUUACAGUUAUGAGGUUCUAAUUAUUGCUAUUCACUAAUUUACACAGUAUUCAUCACCUAGUUUACCACUAUAUAUAGUACAUCAGAAUAUUCAAAGAUAUAUUUUAUUUCACAGUUUUUACACCAAAUAAAUAAGGUAAAUAUUGUUUGCAAAAGAAAUCAACACCAGUACUAGUUUUUAACUUAAGACGGAUUUUAAAUGGAUGAAUAAAGAAAUUAUAAGGUUUAUAAAUACGGGGAUAUCUAUUUUUUGCUACCCACAUGUAUCCAUCGACGAGGGUCAUCAUGUUUUCACGAUGAGCCAUGCCGUAUAAAACACUAUGAAAGGCGAUUUCUAUAAAUAGUCUAUGUCUAGAAUAUAUACUGAAAUAAAAUAAAGCAUCCUCUUUCAAAAUAGAUGGAAUGUAAGCUAUAUCGGCUCCUCCGUAAAAUAUACCAUCAUUCACCCCUGAAUUAUGCGCCAAAUUCGCUUUAUGCUGUUCAUAUUUUUCUGUAUAAUUUUCUUUCAAAUCUUUGAACAUGCUUACCAUUGCUUUUUGACCAUAAAAGGCAUGCCAAUGCCCCCAUUCGUGAAAAAUUUGAUUGAGAUGAAGAUAGCGUGUAGAAUUUAUCAACCAGAUUUUAUCCAAAGGAAAAUCUUUAAAUCUCCAUGGAUUAAUUAAAACGUCAUCUCCAAUUAAUAAAUAUCCACGCACUUUAAAGUCCAUUUGCAUGGCAUGUAUCAAACACCUAUAGAAAUACGCACCUGUACCCAUAUCAGCUUCUAUAAAACUUCCUUGGUAAUUGUACUCUUUGGCCCCAAGUUCAAACGCAGUUUUAUUGCUUGCACAAUACACUAUGUGAGAGACACUUUGCUCGUAAAGUUUUUGGAUAUUUGGAAUGUUGCUAAAAUGGGGAUAGUUAAAGACAACAAUCAAAAGAAUGUCUACUUGUGUAAGUACUGGGGUUGCAGUUUUAACAUCUCUGGCAAGGGUGUAGUUUUUUAAUGGACAGUACCUUGUUAAAGCUUUUGUAUAAAAACUCUUCGGACGUGGUUCUGUUUUAGGUGUAUAUAUUACUUGGCUUUCAGAAGAGAUACGUUUUAAAUCAUCAUUUGAUAUAGUUGGCGAACGCCUCUGAGGUAGCGAAUACCCCACCGUUUGUAAGCCAUUAAGCCAUAUUCUUACACCUUCUAUAUUUGAUGGUUUUAGAAAUGAUUUCUGUGUCAGAGUUUUAAUCAGCUCCGUGAAGCACUCAUAAAGAGUAAAAUAUUUUUCACAAGUCCAACCUAGUAAAAACUCAGUAAAAAGGCGAACUCUGCUGCAAAUACUGUUUCCUUUUGGUCUGUAUUUGAAACCAGAAGAUAAUUCAUUUGAGUUUUUAAAGGUUGAUUCUGACGCGUGAAAUCCAACAGUGCCGUUUAUUUCCCAUAAAAGUCGCUGUACCAUUAAAUUUCUGUAGAUAUCACCAAGUUCAGGUGGGCUAACUGACGGAGUAAACAUAGUCCAAUAAGCCAUGUUCCUGAAAACGGUGUUUUGUGUGAAAAAUGGUGACAGCUGUCCUCGUGAUAAAAAUAUUGGUGGCGCCUUUGAAUCUUGAAAAUACCUCGUUAACUCUGAAUUGACUGUACCUUCCUCUUUCCAUAAUAUAUUAACAAUAUCAGUUCUAUCGGUAACUACGUGUUCGACAUAAGGAUUUAUAUUAGUUAACACAUAGGACAUGUU